AUGGCCAUACAUAAAUCUGUCUUCCUUGCUUUUCUGCUCUUUCUGCUAGCCUUUCUUUCUUCCCAUGCAACAUCAUUUGCAACAGCAGUAACAGCACCAACACUCUCAGAAGCAGAGGCUCUUAUGGAAUGGAAAGCCAGCCUCUUGCCAGCACAAGCUCUCCAUUCAUGGUCGCUUCCUCCUGCUAAUUCUAGCACCAACACAAUCUCUCCAUGCAAAUGGAUUGGGAUCUCAUGCAAUGGCCUUGGAAGUGUAACAGAGAUAAGCUUACCGAGUGUGGGCUUGCAAGGUAAGCUCGAUAACUUGAGCUUCCCAUCAUUUCCAAACCUCCUCCGUCUCAAUCUCAGUGGCAACACCCUCACUGGAACCAUCCCAGCUCAUGUUGGAACUCUUUACAAACUCAAGUCCUUCGAUCUGUCUGCAAAUAAUAUAAGCGGAUCAAUACCUCUGGAAAUAGGGAAUCUUGUGAAUUUAAAUGAGCUAGUCUUGUCCGCUAACUACCUAGAUGGUUCCAUUCCUUCCACUUUAGGAAACCUCAGAAAACUUGCGAUCUUUUACGUGAGCAAAAAUCAAAUAUCUGGCUCCAUUCCUCCACAAAUUGGGUAUCUACAAGAUCUGGUUGAGAUAUCAUUGUACCAAAACAAUCUAAAUGGUUCGAUCCCUCAAACUUUAGGUAAUUUGAGCAAACUUACAAUUUUGUAUCUCAACGACAAUCAAGUUUCUGGUUCAAUUCCACCUAAAAUAGGGAAUCUGCUUAAUCUCAAGGAGCUUGAUAUGUCCCAUAACCUUCUAACAGGUUUUAUCCCUUCCACUUUAGGUAACUUGACAAAGCUAACAAUCCUCCUCCUCUUUGAAAAUCAAAUUUCUGGUUCUAUACCUCUAGAACUUGGGAAUUUAAUGAGUCUCAGUCAGCUAGCAUUGUUCCAAAACAAUCUGUCUGGUCCCAUCCAUCCUUCUUUAGGUAAUUUAAGCAACCUUAUAGUAUUGUAUUUAAAUGAUAACCAAAUUUCUAGUUCAAUUCCACCAGAAAUAGGGAAUCUGCUUAAUCUCAGGGAACUUGACAUGACUAGUAACCUUCUAACAGGUUCCAUCCCUUCAACGAUAGGAAACUUGACCAAGCUUAUUAUUUUGUCCCUUCUUUACUGUCAAUUAUCUGGUUCCUUGCCUCAAGAAAUGAAAAACAUGACAAAUCUUUCUAAUCUCUACUUGAGUGGCAACAACUUCUCUGGCCAUUUACCUCAGUUAUGCCAUGGUGGAUCUCUUGAAGCAUUCUCUGUAGCAAACAACCAUUUCACUGGUGAGAUCCCCAGAAGCCUCAGAAACUGCACUAGCUUAGCAAGAAUGCGACUCGACGGAAACCAACUUACUGCAAAUGUAUCGGAAGCCUUUGGUGUAUAUCCACAUCUCACAUUCAUGGAUGUCAGCAACAACAUUUUGUUUGGGGAACUUUCACCAAACUGGGGAGAAUGCCGAAACUUGACAAAGCUACAAUUCUCUGGGAACAUGAUCACUGGUAGAAUUCCUCCGGAGAUUGGGAAACUGACGCAGCUAGGAGUGCUUGGUCUUUCUUCGAACCAUCUAGUAGGAGAGAUUCCAAAGGAAUUCGGGCGGUUGACUUCUUUGUUCAACUUGACUUUAAAUGAUAACCAGCUUUCUGGUCAGCUACCACAAGAGUUUGGAAACCUAUCCAAUUUGGAGGUUCUUGACUUGUCAAUGAAUCACCUAAGUGGUCCAAUACCACCUCAAUUAGGGGAUUGCUCCAAACUCCGAUAUCUGAAAUUGAGUGAAAAUGUUUUGAAUGGAAGCAUUCCUUUUCAGAUUGGUAACCUAGUAUACCUACAGGUCUUACUAGAUCUAAGUCAUAACUCCUUCGAAAGAGAGAUGUCACCACAACUCGGGAAAUUGAUUAGACUCGAAAAUUUAAACCUCUCACACAACAUGCUGUCAGGCUCCAUUCCGUCUUCUUUUGAAGGGAUGUUUAGCUUGCAAUCUAUUGACUUUUCAUACAAUGCUUUGGAAGGUCCUCUUCCGAACAACAAAGCCUUUCAGAAGGCUCCUGCAGAGGCAUUCAUAAAAAAUAAAGGCUUAUGUGGUGAAGUGCAAGGUCUGCGAUCUUGCAAUGCCUCUUCAAUACGUCGUGGUGAUGUGGGUAAAGGCCAUAGAGUUGUGAUCCUCAUUAUUCUUCCUCUCUUGGUGGCCUUGUUUCUUUUUUCGGUAAUCAUCGGCAUUUCUUUCAUUUAUUUCCAAAGAAGAAGAAAUAUAGAGAAUGUGGUUCUUGAAAGGAGAAACGAAAAUCCAUUUGCAAUAUGGAAUUAUGAUGGGAUUGCUGUGUUCGAAGACAUCGUGGAGGCGACAGAGGGUUUUGAUGACAAAUAUUGCAUUGGAACUGGAGGGUAUGGGAAAGUUUACAAAGCAAAUCUACCCACGAGCCAAGUAAUAGCUGUGAAGAAACUUCACCCACUUGAAGGUGGUGAUCAAUCUAAUCAAAGAAGUUUUAGAAAUGAGAUACGUGCAUUAACAGAAAUCCGCCAUCGCAACAUUGUGAAGCUUUAUGGCUACUGUUUUCAUGCUCGAUGCUCAUUUCUAGUGUACGAGUACAUGGAAAAGGGAAGCUUGGCGAGCAUCCUAAGCAAUGAUGAAGGAGCUGCACAGUUGGACUGGACCCUAAGGGUGAAGGUUAUUAAAGGUGUGGCCAAUGCUCUAUCUUAUAUGCACCAUGAUUGCACCCUACCCAUUGUCCAUCGAGACCUAUCAAGCAAAAAUGUUCUGUUGAAUUCAGAACUUGAGGCUUGUGUCUCCGACUUUGGCACUGCACGAUUGUUGAUACCCGAUUCUUCUAAUUGGACCACGCUCGCAGGCACUUAUGGGUACAUCGCUCCCGGUUAG